CAAACCCUUUAACUCUUGACCUUCACCAUGCGGUCACCAGCCUAUCUGCCGAGCUUUACCAGAAAGAUAUCCAUUUUCUCAUGGAGCUCAUACAGAACGCGGAAGACAAUGAAUACGAAGAAGGGGUUGAACCAACGCUGGAAUUUGUGAUGACAAAGAAGGACAUAACUGGGAGUGGAGCUCCGGCUACUCUACUGGUUUUUAAUAAUGAGGUUGGAUUUUCCAGGAAGAAUAUGGACUCCAUCUGCAGUGUUGGAUGUUCUACAAAGAAGGGGAAGAGACAGCAGGGCUUUAUUGGAGAAAAAGGAAUUGGAUUUAAGAGCGUGUUUCUUGUGAGUUCACAGCCAUGGAUAUUUAGCAACGGGUAUUGUGUCAGAUUCACGGAAGAAUCAAACCAAUAUUGUGGUAUUGGGUAUGUUGUUCCUGAAUUUGUUACUCGAUUUGUCAAGAAUAUGCAAUGCGUACGGGUCAAACAAGAUCUUGCCCACAACUAUAUUUGUCCUUCCUCCAAAGCCUGACAAGGUUGAAGCAGUGAGAGCUCAACUGUCUGAUCUGCACCCCGAGAUUCUCCUGUUCUUAUCCAAGAUAAAACGAUUAUAUGUACGUGGGUUUGAUUCUGGAAAGGCUGAUGAUGUCUCCACAAUUUCGAUAUUUAGUGAGACAGAACAUAUGGACUUGGGUGAUGAAAGAGCCAAUUCUCGUGUUGUUCAGCUUUCUGUUAAAGAAACAGAGUGUGAAACUGAGGAUUUGUGUAAGUAUUACUUGUGGAGAGAGUCGUUUCCAGUAAAACCUGGAAAUAGAGUUAGUGUAAGGAUGGAUGUGGAGGAAUGGGUUAUUACCCUUGCUUUCCCAUUUGGAGAAAGGCUGAGAAGGGGAACGUCGUCUGUUGGUAUAUUUGCUUUCCUGCCAACAGCAAUGGUUACAAAUUUCCCCUUUGUGAUUCAAGCUGACUUCAUCCUUUCUUCCUCACGAGAAUCUAUAGUGUUGGAUAACCUAUGGAACUUGGGAAUUCUUGAAUGCGUACCAUCAGCGUUUGUGAAUGCUUUUCAGUCUUAUGUGAAAGAUCUUUCCCUCUUUACUUAAGUGGAUCAGGCAUUUCAGUUUUUACCUGCUUAAGUUUCACCUAUUCCUGCAUUUGACAACUUAAGAGAGUCCAUCAGAACCAGGUUGCGAUGUUUACCGAUAGUGCCUUGCGAAAUGAUUUCCAGUGAGAGGUUUUCAUUCAAGUGCCCUCAAAAUUCAGUUCGUGUCCUGCCAAAAUUUAGGGACAUUGUUGUUCGAAUUCGGAGUCAAGGGGCUGUUUUAUGCGAGUUGUCUUCGUUUCUCAUGCACUCAUCACUUGACCUUGACAAAUACAAUGAAGUUCUGGACUUUCUACGUGUGGAAUCUGCUGGUGGUAGCUGGUAUGGAAAAUAUAUCAAGUCCUGCAAUCUUGUGCUUUUAUCCGAUGAGGUCUACAUUGACAUACUUGAUUUUAUUGCUGACAACAAGAAGUUCUCAAAGUCUAUUAAGACCAUACCUCUGCUUAAGUACAUCAACCGGGAAGGAAAUAUGGAAUUAUGUACUGUUGCCAAAGGUACAGUAGAGGCUCCCCAGCUUCGAUAUGCUACGAAGCUGGAGCUUCACACAUGGCUGAGUAAGUGCAAUAUGGAGUUUGGAUGUCCUGAUAAUGUGUAUUUCUUGCCCAGUAGCACUCAGAAAGCUCUCGUAAAUCACUGUAUCAAAAUGAAAAAGCCAAACCUCACUGGAAGUUCAUCUCUCAGCAUUUGGCUUCACCGCCAUGCGGGAGUGAAAUCUUGUUCAGCAUAUGAUUAUGCUAUCUUGCUUAGCAAUCAUGUAUUCGAGAAGGAACAAAAUCUGGCAUUUCCACUGGCCAUUUUCCUACAUCAUUCCCACAAGAAAUGCUUCCUUACUGAUUAUAACUUAUCUGAUCUUGGUUCAUGGAUUCCAAUUAUCGAUGGAGCAGGCCAUGUCAGUAGACAAAGAACUGAAACUCUUGUCCCUGCGUCGGGUAGCAAAUGGUUGAAGUUGUUUGGUCCUCAAAAUCCAUUUGUGGAACAGAAGUUUGUUGAUAUAGGUGAUGUUUAUGCUAAAAGUAGUAUGUUUCUUGGAGAAUGUACGCCUGAGAAAGAGCUACUUGGUUUUGUUGUCAAGAUAAGUAAAGCUGUGGACUUACCAGAGUUGUGUCCUCCAGACGCCGUGUUACAGUUAGCAUCUCAUGAGCUGUCAAGUGAGCAGGCCUUUUUGCUGCUUGAUUGGAUCAGAUUUCAUCGUACAAAGGGUUCAUCUUUACCUACAAAAUUCAUUGAAAGCAUUCAGAAUGGAAAAUGGAUGAAGACGUACUCAGGCUAUAAAUCUCCAAGGCAGGCCAUUCUUCCAGAUGAAACAGGAAAAGAUAUUUUUGGUAUGAUGAAUCAUGUUUUGAAUGAUAUCUUCAUUUUAGACCUGGGGUUUUAUAUGAAUCGGAUCUUUCUGUAUCAAGAUGAAUUGAAAUUUCUUGGUGUAGCUCUUGGUUCAUAUGAUGUGGGGAGGCUGCUUACUAAUUGCUUUGCAUCUCUUGCUUCUCCUGGAAUGAGCAAGGAGUGCGCAUAUUCUUUACUGACUUUCAUUAAUUUCUCUAGAGGGAGGAGUGUGGUUGAUGACGAUUGGUUGGCUGUUAUGAAGGGGAAGAAGUGGCUGAAGACUCAUCGAGGUUAUAGUUCUCCUGGGAGUUCUAUCCUCUUGCAAUCUGAGAUAGAAGCUGAAAUCUGUCUAAAACUUACAAAUCUUCCUAUAGUUGAUGAAGCAUUCUAUGGAAGCAGAUUAGGUUCUUUCUUACUGGAACUAAGGUUACUUGGAGUUACAUAUGGCGUAGAUGAGGUGCAAAUAUUAGUUGCAAAGAAAGUGACUUUACCUUCAAAUUUGUCAACCAUGACUGGUGGUUGUGGUUUGUUUGUUCUUAAAUGUAUCAGAUGCUUGGGAUCCGAAGCUUCUGGCUUGAUUAAGCAAAUUCAAUGUCAACCUUGGAUAAAGACAACUGUGGGUUUUAAAUGCCCUUCGGAAACUGUUCUUCCUGAUCCUAGAUGGGGUUGUUUGUUCAGUAUCCUUCAGGUCCCUGCGAUUGAUGUAUUGUAUUAUGGGAAUGCAAUUCGGAACUUCGAUAAGGAAUUGAAUGCAAUGGGAGUGGUUGUUGAUUCCCCUGGAACGAUUAAGAUGUUUGCUGAUCAGUUUAAUUCCCUACUAUCUUCUUCUAGCUUGGCUGCCGCUAAUGUGAUGUCGUUGUUAGGUUGCAUUAGAGAACUGAGGCAAACUAUGCUGUUACAGUGCUCUGAACUGGAGUGGUUGUUGUGUGAGAAGUGGUUGAAAACACGGCAUGGUUACAAGACUCCUGCUGAAUCAAUUAUUUUCAACUCUAAAUGGGGAUCAAUCUCUUCGUUUAUUGACCUUCCUUUGAUUGAUGAUGUCUAUUAUGGUAUUGGCAUAUAUAAGUUCAAGGACGAACUCCAGAUGUUGGGUGUCAUCUCGGAUUUUGAACAAGGAGCUCCAUUAGUUGCCAAAGGUCUCCACAGUCCUAUUGAUGCUGAACUACUUACCACAGAUGGUAUUCUGUCACUAUUAGAAUGCAUCAAGUAUCUGAUGUUAUUUUCUCUUGAUGACCCUCAACUGGGUGAAUUUCUCAUGACUGUUGGGAAAAGCCAGUGGUUGAAGACCAUGAACGGUUACAAUACUCCAGAAGACUGUAUUCUGUUUGAUCGAAGCUGGGAAAGUAUUCUGAACAGGUCAGAUGGGCCAAUCAUUGAUGAAACUUUUUAUGGAACUAACAUUUCUGUUUACAAGGAUCAGUUAGAGUUUAUUGGCGUGAAGGUUGAUCUGUUGGAUGUUUGUGAUCUUCUUUCUGGGAAUGUUUUGUCACUGACUGACACAGCUGCAAUUACAAGGGUUUAUAGCUUCCUCAACAAGUUCCGUUGGAGGCCAAAAGUUAUAGAUAAAUGCAACUCUCAGUUGUGGAUACCUAAUCCGAAGAGCACAGGUUUAUGGGCUAAAUCUCAGGAUUGUGUGCUCCAUGACACGAAAAAUCUCUUCAGCUCCUGUUUGUUUUCUCUUGACAAGUUUUACAAUAAAGAGCUCCUCCCCCUUUUUUCAUCAGCCUAUGGAGUUGCACUAAAUCCAUCCUUCAGCCAUUACUUACAGCUAUGGAGCACGUGGGCGUUGAGGGGUAACUCCCAAGUGACUGUUGUAGAAUGUAGCUCUUUCUGGGAAUACGUUGCAGCCAACUGGAAUCAACAAUUACGAGAUACUCUCAAGCAAAAAUUGACCAAAGUACCUGCCACAAUGUCCGGGUUGGAGAAAAUACAUCUUAUCCGCAGAGAGGAAGUAUUCAUUGCUGAUGACUUGCGACUCAAGAAAAUUUUCUCGGGCUGUGAUAAGGUUCCUCUGUUUGUUUGGUUUCCCAAGAGUUACAGCUUGUCUUAUAUUUACCCUGGAAGACCACAAGCAAUCUAUGAAUCGCUUGGAGUUAGAAAGAUUUCUGAUUCAGUUAAGUGCAAAGUGAACGGCGUUGAGUCGUUAGAGCAUUGGGAAAAGAUUGAUGCGAGAAAUGGAUUGAUCGGGAGGGGUUUAGUCAAGAUUAUUCUGGCUUUUCUUGCUGGUCCUGAGGUAAAUAUGUCACUAUAUAACAGACACGAGGCUGCAAAUUCGGUAAUUAUGCUAUCAGUGUACAAGAGUGACAAACCAAUUCAAGUCUGCUAUCGACUAAUGCCAUCUGCAGCUACAACCGUGGAAGUGAAAAAACAAAAGCUGGUUCUUUGGGAGAAGGAUUCACAGCGGCUGCUCAUUGAUAAAUCAGGUUACGAAGGACGGAGAAACGAUCUAGAGUUUGUUACUUCUUUUGCUAUCGAACUCGUGCAAGAACUGUUGGCAGCAGCAAAACCUACUGCAGCAGAUAAACUGAGCAAGCUUAUCCAAAUGGGAUUUAUGUUUGAUUUUAGCGAGGGUGAAGUGGAUUUUCUGCUGAUGAAUGAAAACUUGGAGUUAUUUGUGGAGGAUGAGCAGUUUCUUCAUGCUGCAUUCGACACUUCCGGAGAACUUGGUCGGGUUUAUGAAAAGCGUUCAGGUACCAAGUUAGAGCAAUUAGGCCCUUCCACGUCCAUGCCUUUAUGCAAGAAACAGCGUCAGUGAAAAGGAGGGAAUCGAGUUAGAGCGAUCAUGGCCUGAAUUAUGACCAGGAUUCGGGACCAUGAGGUUUUAUUUUGUUGUAUUUUGGUUUAAUCCUCAAUGUAUAUAUGAAUCUGAAGAGCCAGAGAUGCAUGAUCUUUUGGAAUGCUUUGUACUGUAAAAUGAAUACAUCUGAGCAGCUUGGGCCUGUUUUGUA